AUGGACUUGAGUUCAAGCUUCUUUAACGCUUGUUUGAGAAGUAAAAAGGGAGAGAAAAGGUACGCAGAUUCCUGCUGGUCUGGGACCUGGGCCCGAUGCCCCACUUCCCGGGAUCCUCCUAAAGUCGCGGUCCUACGAAAUCUCACACUGGAGAGGCCACUGACCCCAGCGCCCGGCACCGCCUCCUUCGCUUCUGGCCUGGGUUUUCUCCCGGAAUUGAGUGCUCCUGGGACGCGUGCGGGAAGGGCCAUCCCCAGGCGGAGAGAGUCAGCGAGUUGUGCAACCCCAACCUGGUCCGGGCGGUGGAGGCCUCCGUUCCUUCGGAGCUCUGCCCCGGCUCCUUGGUCAAGGCCUCUGACUUUCAGCACUUCUCCUAAGUCAAGAGGAGUCAAGUGUACCCAGCGUGGCUUCAUUUCAGCCUCCCUGCCUCAGCUAUGCCAUCCCCAUUCUCUUUUGCUGGGUCCUGGGGUGUGUCCCCCAUCCCAAAUCUUCCACUUCCCUGCCACUUGGACAGCAAGCUCCGAGAGAACUCGAGACUUCGCAGGAGUAGACAGCCGCUCCCUCCCCUGUCACCUUAACUGCAAGCGCCAAGGGGCGCCUUUGGAGUGUACUGAGGUGUGUCCUAAUCGUCCGGCAUUCAACAAAUGGACUUCUGGUGUGUGGUCAGAAGAGAACAGCCAUUUGCUUACUUUCCUCCCGGUUUUCUGGCAACAGCUGAAGGGGAGCUGCCUCCUGGGACUGAGCAGACCCAGGAGAGGGAAUUUCGGUGUGGAGACACACGCAUCGCACACAGAUAACCAGUGGAACACAUCGACACACGCUGACACACGGACAUCACCGGCGAAGACACACACACGACUCUUCCCCAGCAUUGGUCAUCUUCCCCCACCCCAGGCCUCCACCACCCCUCCUCCCCUCUCGUCUCCCCCUGGCGUCCCCUCCUCUCAGGCCCCUGGAAAAGCAGCCGCACUUAGUCAACAAAUGGCACGUGGGAGAAGUUGGGAUCUGAGAAUUGCUCUCACACACCAAACCAGCAGCGUCCGUGGAGAAAACUCUCACCAGCAACUCCUUUAAAACACCGUCAUUGCAAACCAUUUUGUUUUUUAAAAAAAAAAAAAAAAAAAAAAAAAAAAAAAAAAAAAAAAAAAAAAAAA